UAAUCAAAUAAAAAAACCGAAACUCUCUCAGCUUAAAAAAUUAAAAAAAAUCCUUCAGACGAGAAGAUAUUUUCAGCGGUUUUGCGGUUGUGAGUGCAAGUUGGAAUAAGGAGGCAGUUUUUGCUAACUCUUCUCUUCACUAAAAUUAAUUUCAGUUAUUUCUUUUUGAUUACUGUCUUGCUAAGGACGAGGUUAAUUUUGCUCUAACAUUAACCCGCUCUCUCUUCUCGUUUUUUCUUUCUGAUACCACUACAGUUUUCAUUUUGAUUUUUCUUCUCUGCAGAAAUUAGGGUUUGUUUGUUGUGUUAUUUUCAAAUUUUCAAAUUUUUUGUUUUGUUUUGUGUAAGUAUCAUCGUGUUUGAGAAUGGGUAAGGUGGUGUUGAGUAGCAGUAGUGAAGAGGCGGGGGGGAUGGUGGUGGAGUUAGAGACAGAGAAGAAGGAUAUUGGAUCGUCGGAGGUGGUUCGAUGGGAAAAGUUUCUACCAAAGAUGGUGCUCAGGGUUCUUUUGGUCGAAGCGGAUGAUUCUACUCGUCAGAUUAUUGUUGCUCUUCUCCGAAAAUGCGGUUACAGAGUUUCUGCUGUUCCUGAUGGAUUAAUGGCGUGGGAGACUUUGAAGGAGAGACCCCAUAGCAUAGAUCUCAUAUUAACUGAAGUGGAGUUGCCAUUAAUAUCGGGAUAUGCGUUUCUUGCUUUGGUCAUGGAGCAUGAUGUUUGCAAAAACAUUCCUGUCAUAAUGAUGUCUUCACACGAUUCAAUUAGUGUGGUUCUGAAGUGCAUGUUAAAAGGAUCAGCUGACUUUCUCGUUAAGCCUGUUCGGAAGAAUGAAUUGAGGAACUUGUGGCAGCAUGUUUGGAGAAGGCAAACUCAAACUGCUGGAAAAAUCCCUCGAAACUCGAAUAGAGUUGAGGCCUCAUCUGAAAACAACGCAGCUUCGAGUGAUUUUGCGACGUCUUUGCAGAAAAAUAAGGAUUGCAGCGAGAAAGGGAGUGAUGCCCAAAGCUCUUGUACGACCCCUUGCUUGGAAGCUGAGAGUGCUCACAUGCAAAAUAUACAGGGACUUUCAUAUCUGAAGUAUAGGAGUGCUUCAAACUUGAGCGAUGCAGAUAAUGAGAAGUAUGAAGAUUAUGCCAAAUUAAAUAAAAGCCCAGUAAAUCCUGAGAGCAAGACCGGAGUAUUUGUAGCAGAAAGGUCAAACAGGACGAGACCUGACAGAGAACCGUACCAUGGAGCUUAUAAUCCAACUGCUUCGAGACUGGUAGAGGAGCAUGCUUGUGCUAAGUCAGCGAUUCAUGAUGAGAACUCGAGACCAGAAAAUGAUAGGGAACAUGCUAAUAGCUCCUUUGGCCACGAUGAUGUACUUGCUGAAACCUCAAGUGGAGCCAUUGACUUGAUUGGUUCCUUCAAUAAUCAACCAAAGCACACAUAUGCAUACUCUAGUUUACAUGAUGCGACAAACAAGUUUGAAUUCCCUCCACUACUUGAACUCUCUCUCAGAAGAUUGUAUCCCAGUAGCUCAAAGAACCAAGGGCUAGAUGAAAGACAUGCAUUGAACCAUUCCAAUUCCUCAGCCUUCUCACUGUACAAUAGUAAGACACUGCAAUCCCUUUUUCCAACAUCUGCCAGUAAUGGCUCAGAUUCCAAGGAAGAAGCCAGUAAGUCUCCUGAUCCGUCAUCCAAUCAACUUGCUCAAAAUGUUGGUACUCUUUCUCAGAUACACGAUGCCUCUUUGAGUGGCAAUCAAGAAAUUAUGACCACUCCGGUCAUUGGCCAGUCUGGGAAGGUGGAAUUAGCACAUCCAAGCCCUCAACUUGGAUUGAUUCCUGUCUUAGGUACAAGGCUUGACAAUAUCUCUACCGGAUGUGGUCAUGUUUUCUCCCCUCUAUGUUAUACACAAUCAAAUGCAGCAUGGAAUCCCAAUCUUGCGGGGCGGCAACAGUCUCCAUUUCCUACAACUGCCUCAGUUCAUUCAAAUCCUGAAGUUCUUGAUUCCAAGCAAAACCACAAGUGUUAUGUUGACCAAAAUGAUCUUCAGCAGAACAAUAGGGAACCUGUGGAUGAAAUGAGACAUGAUUCACCUGCUGCUGGUCAGAGUACUAGUAGUAGUUUAUGUAACCGUGUUGCCAAUAAUAAUAGUAGCAGUGCUUAUGAAAGCUUUGGCAGUGGAAACGAUGUAAAUGCCUCUUCGGUUGGGACAGCUGAGAAGUCCAUGGCUCAAGAGAACUUGAAUAAUGGGGGUAACUUCAACCAUGAUGGUUUUGGAGGGAGCGAUUCCUAUCGCUCCAGCCAAAGAGAAGCUGCUCUAACAAAGUUCCGCUUGAAGCGGAAAGAUCGAUGCUAUGAGAAAAGGUUUCUACAGAACUGUAGUGAUGAUCUCAUGGACAUAGACAUGAAAAGUUAGAAUUCAGCUGCUAGGAAUGAUAUGCUAUUGCCUGUGGUUCGAUACCAAAGUCGGAAAAGACUGGCAGAGCAACGUCCUCGGGUGAAAGGUCAGUUUGUUCGUCAAGCGCAAAAUGAUUGCCCAGUUGCUAAUGGUUGACCGUGAAGGUUAUCAUCGCACACCUGUGUGUUGUUUGUUGCUCGAGCGCCUUGAUGUUUUGGAAAUGAUGGCAUGUCUAUGGUGAGAUAUGAAUGUGUUUGCAACCUCCUUUACCUUUGAGUCUACUAGAAAAGGUAGGCUUGUAAUUAUGGGGUGAAGUCUGAAUCCUCUUCUACUCUGGUUAAUUUCUUUGCUCGCGCAGUAGAUGACUGACUUGUAGGUUUUAGGAAGCUUUAAAAGUAGAUAAUUUGGGUUGAUAGGUUUAAAGUGGGCUUGUUUCUUCCUGUUAGCUUUACAAGUAUUGCUUUAUAUGAUUGCUGGGCAGCUUCCACUUUGUGCCUGCCUGAGAUUCUGUUGAUCAAUUAAUUAGGAGAAAGUGGAUAUUAUUAGUA